GGUCAACGCUCUGAAGUCAGCCCCCUGGCUUUUGCCAAGACCUGCCUCUGCCCAGCUCUGAGUGGACAGCUGGAGGCUGCAGCUGGAGGCCUGGGCCCCGAUGGAGCCCCGGCUGGGGCCAGGGGCGGCUGCCCUCCGCCUGGGCUGGUUGGCUCAGCUGCUCUGGGUCUCAGCCCUGAGCUCUGCUGUCUCCUCGCCGGCUCCUCCUUCUCCUAGAACCAGCUACAGUUUGGGAAGGACUGUCCUCGGCCUUGAUAAAUGCAAUGCCUGCAUUGGAACAUCUAUUUGCAAGAAGUUUUUUAAAGAAGAAAUAAGGUUUGACAGCUGGCUGGCCACCCACGUCGAACUGCCUCUGGGCCACUUGCCUUCGUACCCUGCAAAUUACUCAGAUGAUUCCAAAACCUGGCGCCCUGUGGAGAUAUCCAGGCUGGUCAGCAAACACCAGCAUGAAAUCUCAGACAGGAGAAUCUGCGCCUCUGCUGCAGCCCCAAAGACCUGCAGCAUCGAGCGUGUCCUGAGGAAAACAGGAAGGUUCCAGAAAUGGCUGCAGGCUAAGCGCCUCACGCCCGACCUGGUGCAGGGCCUGCCCAGCCCUCUCCUGCGCUGCCCAUCGCAGCGCCUCCUGGACCGCGUGGUCCGGCGCUACGCGGAGGUGGCCGACGCGGGCAGCAUCUUCAUGGACCACUUCACGGACCGCGACAAGCUGCGCCUGCUCUACACACUGGCUGUCAACGCGCACCCCAUCCUCCUACAGAUCUUCCCUGGAGCUGAGGGGUGGCCGCUGCCCAAGUACCUGGGCUCCUGCGGCCGGUUCCUGGUCAGCAGCAGCACCAGCCCGCUGCAGGAAUUCUAUGCUGCGCCCCCCGACCAGGCAGCCGACCUGGCCCAUCAGCUCCUCAGGAUCCUGGAGUCCCUGCGGAACAACGAUCUGAACUACUUCCUCUACUUCACCCACGUGGAUGCCUCCAUGUUUGGCAUCUUUAACAACGGGCAUCUGUUCAUCCGGGAUGCCAGUGCCCUGGGCGUCAUCGACAGGCAGGAAGGCAGCCAAGCAGCCGCCAGGGCAGCAGAGAACAAAGACAUCUUCAGCUGCCUGGUCACCGGCUGCCAGGCCGAGCUGCCCUCCUGUGACGCCAUCCCCGAGAAGCAGAGCCUGGUGCUGGUGUGUCGGCAGGUCCUGCCUCCGCUGCUCCGGGGGAAGUUCCCCUCUCCGGUGCAGGAGCAGAUAGAUGUCCUCCUGGCCAAGUGUGGGGAGGGCGACCGCCCAGACCCCGAAGUCCUGGAGGCCGCCAGCCAGCUGAAGAGCAUCUUGAGACCCCUGAGAACCUGUGACCCCAGAUUUGCCUACCGCUACCCAGACUGCAGGUAUAAUGACAAGUUCUGAGGGGCUGGAGCCUGGCUGGCCUCCAGGGACCACAUCCUCGGCUCUCCAUUCCCAGGCACCGAGGAACAUUCCAGCAACAGGAGGGCGGUUGUGCAGCACUGGCACUGGCCUCAUUGGCUGGAACAUCACAAAAGAGCCAGGGUUGGGCAUCAGAAGAUCCAGGUGUGGCCCUUGCCAGUUUGGCUCAGUGGACAGAGUAUCAGCCUGCAGAUCAAAGGGUCCCAGGUUCAAUUCCGGUCAAGGGCAUGUACUUUGGUUGAAGUCUCCUCCCCAGCCCGGGCCUGGUCAGGGCACAUGCAGGAGGCAACCAGUCGAUGUGUUUCUCUCACAUCGAUGUUUCUCUCUGUCUCUCCCUCUCUCUCCCACUCUCCCUAAGAAUCAAUGGGAAUAUCCUCUGGUGAGGAUUAAAAAAAAGAAAAAGAUCCAGGUGUUUCCUCUGUGCUCCACAAGACUCUUAACUUAGCGGAAGAAGACAGAUAUGAAGAGUCAGGGAAACCUGCUCCCUCCCUCCCUCAGCCCAGCUGCUAUAAAGCGUGUUCAGAAGCACACAGGCGGGAGAAUGAGACAGACAGCGAGGUCCAGAGGCUGGUGUGGAGAGGGAGGCCCCUGGCCAGUAGCAUGUUAGGUUACACUCAGACAAAAGGGGCCCACUCCUGCUCCCCGUGGCCCUGAGCUAGCCCUUCUGCCCCCCCCCCCCCCCCCCGCCCACCGCCACACACACAACCUCAGGGUAAGAAGACUGCAGGCAGAAUAUAAUGAACAACAUAGACUGAUGAACAAAAAUAGAUCCAGAGACACAGAAGCAUCAAACAGACUGUCAAACCUCAAAGGGAAGACAG